AUGAGUUUGUCAACCCCUGAAGGCAAUGUAGGGGGGGACUACAUCUUCCUGCAGAAGACUUAUCAGAGCAUUUCUGUAAGUCCUCUUCCCAGCGUCCGUCGUCAUCGCCCUCUUGUGCGUUGCACGCUCUACGGUACAGUUUGGGACAAGACCCGGCAUGCAAUUUGGCGGCCGGCGACCUCAAACUUCUUGUAUUUUCACAACCGGUUCAGGAAGUCGAGGCCUUUCUCACAGAAUGUGAUCAAGUUCUCCCGACUUUCCUUACCCGUGUACGCGCUCAGCAGAAGCACAUUGAAGGAGCUCUGAGGAGCUGGGACUCCAGUGGGUGUGAACAGACCCAUUUUGACCAUGUUCGCGGCUCAACCUCCUCCACCAUCGGCCACGAUCACCACAUCCACAUCGUCAGGCAUUGUGGUCCACCAGGCCGUCUCCACCAGACGUCGAACAUACAGUCCAAAUGCCAUUGCCGGAUUGGUCCAUCCCACCGAAGCUUCCGUGGUGUCCAACCCCCCAGCUACCUCUAUGAGAUCCUUCUCCCUUUGUUUGACGUGGUGAAGGGGAGGCCAGUUGACCGCGAAUUUCUGUUGCCCCUUGUACUGAAAUUCCGUCAACCGGUAGGCAUUCUUUAUGAAGAGUGCCACCUCGACGUCAUUUUCAGGGGUCUUCGGCCGUAUCUCAUGCUUUCUCCAAUGUUCUUUUCCAAGCUGGUGAUUCUUUCAGCCUUCUGUUUCACGCCUAG